AAUCCAUGUGUUACGCAAUUUAUCAUAAAUACUAACUACCUAGGUAAACUGUUGGUAAUUUGCAAGAUGACAGUGAACGGGAACCCAUCUCCAUCCCAUUUGCGUGUGGCCAUUAUCGGGGGUGGUCCCGGCGGUCUCGCAACAGCUAUUGCCCUUUCUAAAAUCCCGAAUGUCACUGUAAACAUUUAUGAACAAGCAACUGUGUUACGAGAAGUAGGCGCUGGCAUAAGCAUUGGUUCGAAUACAUGGAAUGCGUUAGAGUUGCUUGGAGUCGCAGAUACGUUAACUAGUGGACAUCCGACAUGGACAGUCCUCAAUAUGAACGGGCGUUCUGGAGAGGAAUUAGCUCGCCGUGAGAAGGUACGGGAUGAAACUGGACGUCCUCCAGUUCGCACUCAGCGGACAAAGCUUCAAUCCGCCUUGUUAGCUCAUGUGAAGCCUGGCAUAUUGCAACUCUCUAAAAGACUGGUGCGGAUGGUUAAUAAGGAUCGUGAAGGUGUUGAAUUGUAUUUCGAAGAUGGUACUACCACGACUGUUGACCUGGUAGUUGGUGCCGAUGGCAUUAGAUCUGUCGUUCGCGAUACCGCUUGGCCGGACUAUGAAAUCAAAUUUACUGGAACAACUAUAUGGAGAACCCUUCUACCUUGGGAUGACGUAAAGGACCUGGACCCUCGCUUCGAAAUUACCGGUUGGUGGCAUACACCAACCACGCACGUCUAUUUUUCUCCUGUCGGAGAAGGACUAUGGGAGAUAGCCUCUAGAGCAUGGCAAGAUCCGGAAAUACAUAGCGCUAACAAGAAAAGUUGGGGGGUUCCUGUGGAAAACUCGCACGUCGAAUCACAUUUUACGGAAUAUCUACCUCAAAUUAGGGAAGCGCUCGGAAGGGUACCUCCAGAUGGCUGGCGAGAGUUUGCUGCAUUUGCCGGUCCCGAAUUGGCGCAACUCACGGCGUGGGACAAUAAGAUCGUACUCGUCGGGGAUUCAUCACAUGCCUUAUCUGGGGCAUUUGGAUCUGGGGCCGGGUUUGCCAUCGAAGAUGGCUACAUUUUGGCGCGAGCUCUUGAAUAUUGGGGAAAUGAUACUGGCAAGGCUUUACCCCUAUUUGAUGCUAUCCGAUUACCCUACUAUUCACGAAUGUACGCGCACCUUGCUUCUGAGGCCGACAAACGCACCGCAAAGCUGAAGGCGCUUGGGAACCCGACGUUUGACGAACGAGUUAAAAACAAGAUUAUCACAGAUGGCGGGAAAGAUAUGUCCUGGAUUUAUAAGAAUGAUAUUGGUGCUGCUUGGGAGGAGUACGCCCAACAGCUUGAUGCAACUUAUACUUAAAGAAGUUCUAGGUUUAAGUUAAGGUAUUGAUCAACCGAAU